ACUAGGGUUAGGAAGAGACUGGCCGGUGUGUAGUGCAUGACAGCUGGAAACGGACUCCAGUCUUUUUAACGUUUGGAUAAAUUAACGUCUCAAAAGCGCAACGUGACAGACAAUUACUUGAAAGGGGCAGCUGUCAAAAUGUUGUGGAGUAAAGCCUUCUGCCGAUGCCCUGUGCUCGUCCUGAGCUUGUGGUUCUGUGUGGAAGCAGUGCCCAUCGCUGUGGACAAGACUAAAGUGGAAACCCCAGAGCAGAAACUUGAGGCGCCACAGAGUGUGGACACGGGGCUUCACUAUGACCGCUACCUCAGGGAAGUCAUUGAUUUCCUGGAGAAGGACCAGCAUUUCAGAGAGAAGCUCCACAACACAGACAUGGAGGACAUUAAGCAAGGCAAACUGGCCAAAGAGCUGGACUUUGUCGGCCAUCACGUGAGGACCAAACUUGACGAGUUGAAGAGGCAGGAGGUGAACAGGCUACGGACGCUCAUCAAAGCUAAACAAGACGUUGAGGGAGGGCAUGAAAUGAACCACAAGGCGCUGCUCAUGCAGUUUGAGUACAUGAACCACAUGAACCCACACACCUUCGAAGUGGAGGACCUGGAUAAGCUUAUUAAAUCGGCUACCAGUGACCUGGAAAACUAUGACAAGGAUCGUCACGAGGAGUUUAAGAGGUACGAGAUGAUGAAGGAGCACAAGAGGAAGGAGCACCUGAAGAACCUCGACGAGGAGCAACGCAAGGACGAGGAACAGCACUACGAAGAGCUGAGAAAGAAACACGCAAACCAUCCCAAAAUCAACCACCCUGGCAGUCAGGACCAGCUGAAAGAGGUCUGGAAGGAGUCUGACGGUCUGGACCCAAAUUACUUUGACCCCAAGACCUUCUUCAAACUCCACGACAACAACGGAGAUGGCUACAUUGAUCAACAGGAGCUUGAAGCCCUGUUCACUAAAGAGCUGGAGAAGAUGUACAGCCCUAAUCUUGAAGAGGAUGACAUGACCGAGAUGGAGGAGGAGCGACUGCGCAUGAGGGAACACGUCAUGAAUGAGGUGGACACCAACAAGGAUAGACUGGUCUCCCUAGAUGAGUUCCUGAUUUCCACAAACAAGAAAGAGUUCCAAGAGCCAGACAGCUGGGAGACUCUGGAGCAGGCCCCAGCCUACACGGACGAGGAGAUGAAGUUGUUUGAGGAGCAGCUGGCCCAGGAGGAGAGCAACCUCAAGCAGAAGAACGUAGAGCUGCAGAAACAGAAAGAGGAGCUGGAAAGGCAGCAGGAGCAACUCGACGCCCAGAAAGCCGAGCUGCAGCAGGCGGUGGAACAAAUGCAGAUAAUAAAAUUUGAAAAAGCAAAUGCGGCCGUUGAGGUCAAAGAUGGAGGAGCUACAAUAGCAGUGCCCCCUGGAGGUCAAUCAUUGCCAGUACUACCAGGAGACAGCCAACCUCUACCCCCGAGUCACCACCAAGACUUACCUGCACACUCUUAGCAGGCCUGGCAACUUUUUCUGUGUGUGUGAAUCUCUUGGUGUGUGUUUGUACGUGUGUGUGCUCAUGUGUUUUUGUGUGCAUACGUGUGUAAAUUAAUCUUGCAACGAAUCCGUUUGAGUUAGUUGUCAGCGCUCUACGGUCUCACAAUAUACCCGAACGCACACAUACAGUCCAACAAUUUCCAGAGACCAGCUAAACCAAUCAGAAUGAAGCCUUAGAUUUUGACCCACUUCCAGUCGUGGCAUUCCAGAGCUGGCAGGAACAGCCAGCACAACCAACGAGACUUGAAAUAAUUGCUGAACCAGGCAUUUUGUAGACAAUCCACUCUUUUGUUAUUAGUUAUUUUCCCUCUUGCCACAACCAGCACAUGGUUCGAUAUGGGAAGUAAUUUGGGAUGAUUGAAAAGAGGGUUUUGUUCCUGAAUAUGUGCAAUGUUUUGUUUUCUACCUAGUUAGGUAUGCUACCCCGUGGGAUUAUUUCUGUGGGGAAAGAUUUGUUUAAAAUACAAAAGACAUUUUGGUUAAAUAGUUUACGGAGGUGGGUCAAAUGAAUGUCAAUUUCGAUAUGCUGCUUGAUAGUAUGCUGUCAUGAUAAAUAAUGUAGAACCUUACCUGGAGAUGGUUUACUCUGAUAACCUUGCUGAUUCAUUCCUGAUAUUAAUAAUUGCCCAUACAGAUACAUUAAGCUAGAGAUACAUUACUGUAGUACAGAGAUGCAUUACACAGAUACAUACAGAAACAUUACUGUAGUACAGAGAUGCAUUACACAUACAUACAGAUACAUUACUGUAGUACAGAGAUUCAUUACACAGAUACAUACAGAUGCAUUACUGUAGUACAGAGAUGCAUUACACAGAUGCAUACAGAUACAUUACUGUAGUACACAGAUACAUACAGAUACAUUAAGAAGGUACUGUAGUAAUUUAAUAUUGUCCGAAGAAUGUUUACAUGCCACAAACUGCUAAUUGUUUUUGUGUAACAAAAAUGCCCCAUUUGAUGUUGACUUAGAAUGUUGUAAAUUGUUUCAUUGUGGUUGAUAGGGACAAUAGUGAUAAUAAGGAGUCUUGAAUGUGUCAUUUAUCUUAAUUUCCAUUGUCUGUAUUUCUGUGUGUGACCUUGUCUUUAUUUGUGAGAGUAUAUAUUAUGAUCACAGUUUAGGACCAAAGUCUAUUGUGGGGAUAUAAUAAUAUAUUUCAUUUGUAUA